UUGCGCUUUUGUUAUCGCUGGAUCAGCUGUUCGUCGCAAAUAAACGACUGAGCAUUUUGUUUAAAGAUGCGUUUGUACUGUCUGAGUGGAGACUUGGCCAAGCCAUGCUACAUCAUCACCUUCAAGGGUCUGCGCAUAAUGUUGGACUGUGGCCUGACGGAGCAGACAGUGCUGAACUUUUUGCCGCUUCCCUUUGUACAGAGCCUGAAGCUGUCCAAUUUACCCAACUAUGUGCAGACCACUGACCAUGAUCCUCAUAUGGAUGGCGAACUGAAAGAGUGUUGCGGUCGUGUAUUUGUGGACUCGGUGCCAGAGUUCAAUUUACCAAUGGACAAAAUGAUGGAUUUUAGCGAAGUGGAUGUAAUACUCAUCUCUAAUUAUCUUAACAUGCUGGCACUGCCGUACAUUACGGAGAACACUGGAUUUAAGGGCAAAGUUUAUGCAACGGAGCCAACACUGCAGAUUGGCCGCUUUUUCCUUGAGGAGCUGGUGGACUACAUUGAGGUGUCGCCCAAGGCCUGCACAGCGCGUGUGUGGAAAGAUAGGCUGCAUCUGCUGCCAAGUCCGUUGAGUGAAGCCUUUCGUGCGAAAAAGUGGCGCACUAUCUUUAAUCUAAAGGAUGUGCAAGGCAGCUUGUCCAAAGUGACCAUAAUGGGCUACGACGAGAAGCUGGAUAUACUUGGUGCCUUUAUAGCGACACCUGUUAGCUCCGGAUACUGCUUGGGUUCCAGCAAUUGGGUGCUGAGCACAGCGCACGAGAAGAUUUGUUAUGUGAGCGGCUCCUCAACUCUGACCACACAUCCGAGGCCCAUUAACCAGUCGGCACUAAAGCAUGCGGAUGUUUUGAUAAUGACAGGACUAACUCAGGCGCCUACGGUGAAUCCCGAUACCAAGCUGGGCGAGCUAUGCAUGAACGUUGCAUUGACAAUAAGAAAUAAUGGGUCCGCUUUAAUACCUUGCUAUCCAUCUGGCGUCGUAUAUGAUUUGUUUGAAUGUCUUACGCAAAAUCUGGAGAAUGCUGGACUCAAUAAUGUGCCCAUGUUUUUCAUAUCACCCGUGGCGGACAGUUCGCUGGCCUACUCCAACAUCUUGGCGGAAUGGCUGAGCUCGGCAAAGCAGAACAAGGUUUAUCUGCCUGAUGAUCCUUUUCCACAUGCCUUCUAUUUGCGCAACAACAAGCUGAAGCACUAUAACCAUGUGUUCUCGGAAGGAUUUAGCAAGGACUUUCGGCAGCCCUGUGUUGUGUUUUGUGGUCAUCCUAGUUUACGCUUUGGCGAUGCUGUGCAUUUUAUUGAAAUGUGGGGCAAUAAUCCAAAUAAUUCCAUUAUUUUCACUGAGCCCGACUUUCCUUAUCUGCAAGUAUUGGCGCCGUUUCAGCCGCUGGCCAUGAAGGCUUUCUACUGUCCCAUAGACACCUCACUUAACUAUCAGCAGGCCAACAAGCUGAUCAAGGAGCUUAAGCCCAAUGUGCUGGUCAUACCGGAGGCCUACACAAAGCCACAUCCUUCAGCGCCCAAUUUGUUUAUCGAACAGCCAGACAAGAAGAUCAUUACAUUCAAGUGCGGUGAGAUUAUCAGACUGCCGCUUAAGCGUAAGCUGGAUCGCGUCUACAUUGCAUCUGAGCUGGCGCAGAAGAUAGUGGCGCGUGAGGUGGCCAAUGGUGUGUCGCUAUCCACGCUCACGGGCGUGCUGCAGGUCAAGGACAAGGUGCACUGCAUUCAGGCUUGCGCAGAGAGUAUCAAAGUGGAUCCCAGCUCGAGCAGCGUCAGCAAUCCAGCGCCUACAAAGGAGGAUGUGCUGAAGAAUGUCAAGUAUGAAUACGGUAGCAUUGAUGUGGACGCGCUGCUGAAGCGUCUGGCGCAGGACGGCUUCUCCAAUAUCAAAAUGGAUCGCACUGGUGGCUCGCUAACGCUGCAGCUAAUAAACGAGGAUACGACAAUUAAAUUUGAGGACAAUGAAACGCACAUAAUAUGCGGUGGCAAGCCGACGACGCGACUAAAGCUACGCGACACUUUGCUGAAAUGUUUGCAAAGCUUUUAAGUACUAGUAUUUUGUAUUAUUAAGUCAUAAACUUAGAAAUCGUAAAACAAACA